AAGCACGAACUUGCCCCGAGUAUGGCGCCCUUGGUUGAGCACCGAGUUGCCGCCAGGUCGGGAUUGGGUUUGGAAGCCUGUCGAAGGGGACUUUGAAUCCGUUGUCCCGCCAGAAAAGAGACUUUCCGGGUUUCGACGCUGAUGCUUCGGGACGGGGUAGCCACCGUUGGAAGUGGGGUGGUGUUGGAACGCCGCCGCUUAAGAGUAAAUUGAUGGGUCUCCUGAUAACCUUUCGAACAACUACGAAGGGAGAGGUCUGUGCUUCAGAGGAUUAUUCUUGCCGUCGAUAAAUUGUUGUUCCAGCUAGUUUUGGAUUUUGCGUAUUGCGCGCUCAUAAUUCUUGUGGACCACUCUUGAAUACCCUUACUGUGUGUGGAGUGUGCUUGAGCUGUUUCAGCCGGAACUCAGCGUUGCAUUUUAGAGUUUGGGAAGGAAGCAGUCUGGGAUGUGUAGCGACUUUCUGAUGUUUCGACCCGAAUUUUAUUUUCGUAUUCGAGGAUAGUGAGGUUUUCCUGCUAAUUCGGGAGUAUGACUUGAAGCAGUUGGUUUCACGUUAUGAACUUAGCUACCUAUGGGAGAUUUUGGCGGAUAGGGAUAGGGCUCGACCUGACAGGUCUGGUGAGAGUGGCGGUAGCUGGAGGUUUCGAGUCAUGGCAAAGCUUUUGUAAGGUUUAGAAUAUUGUCUCGGCGUCCAGUGUAAGAUAAAGAACUUGGUAUCCCUGAGGUAGUGACCGACAGAAGGGAGAGAGGGCUCGUUCUUUGCUAAGUUUGUAAAACGUAGGCAGGAAUGGCGUCGUCCUCGAGUUCUCCGUGCGCUGCUUGCAAGUUCCUGAGGAGAAAAUGCACAUCGGAAUGUGUGUUUGCGCCCUAUUUUCCUCCCGACCAGCCCCACAAGUUUGCCAAUGUUCACAAGAUAUUUGGAGCUAGCAAUGUCACUAAGCUCCUGAACGAACUCCCCACGCACCAAAGGGAGGAUGCGGUGAAUUCUCUUGCUUACGAAGCAGAUGCGCGUGUGAAAGAUCCUGUCUACGGGUGCGUGGGCGCUAUAUCAGUCUUGCAGAGGCAAGUGGCGCAACUGCAGAAUGAUCUAGCAUCCGCGCAUUCAGACUUGGCGAGGUAUGCAGCGGCAGGAAUGGUUGUCCCUUCCGUGGACCAGGGAGUGUCAUCGUCUUUAGGAUUACGAACAAGUCUUUCUCAAGGACAUGCGAGCCGGGAGCAGAUGCUGACGAGGGAGCAGUUGAUGGACCUUGCAAGAGCAGACCCUUCACAUCUAUCUAGAGAGCAUCUCAUGGAACUUGCAAGGGUUGGAGGAGGAUCUUAUGAAACCCUUCAAGCACUUGGCCUUUCUGGAGCGCUAGGACCGCUUCGAGCAUCCGCUUCUAAUUUUAGACCUGGAGGGGAGGGGAGAAAUAGGAGUGGAAGCGGAACCGGAGGUGGAGUUAGUGGCAGUAACGCUGGAGGACAAAUCGCAUCUCCAUGACGGUUACAAGGGCUGUACUCAGAGAACUAUGAAACGAGUAGAAACACUUGCCGAGUAUUUUGGACGAGAACCUUGACAUUUGCAGCUCAGGACGAUUUGGAAGGAAGUAGCACAAAGACAGAAUCGGUGGCUACGAAUUCGAGAGCACGCAGUUUUUGCGGUGUCAAGUCUGAGGGGUAUCAUUGGUUAUCUAUUCAGAUCUCUUCUAUAGAACGCGCCUAGAUGUGACGAACUCGCCAUCGUCAGGUGGCACCAGAACUCGCCUCAUGGUGAACAGUGAGCUCGCCCCUCCCUCUCAGAUUUGUAAAAGCGAGGUUCGAUAUAUGUACAUGUUUUCACGUCAAGAGAGCCACCGCUUCUCCCACCCAGAUGGGUUUGCAUGCAUCAUCCAAAGGCCUUUUCAAUGUGCCGCAGCUUGUCACAGAGUCCUAGACCAUUUCGCGUCCGUGGCGACAGUUUCUAGAUCUCCGAUAACUAACUCAACUCCAACCGCGUUGCCAUGGGUGAGAGGCCUAUUCAAUCCAGUCCGUUGAGAAAAAUCUACCCUCGUGCGAUGCUCUAAACAAGCAGUCCUUCGCCGCAUCGAAGCGUGUAAUCACUCCCCAUCUACUCAGCAUCUCACAGUUCGGCGCCAGGUCAUGCAGGGUCGACUUUCAAGCCAUCAGAAGCAGACACGAGUAGAUCUCUCUCUUCGCAUGAAGGAAGAAUUAGAUUGGGAAGUUUCAGUUCGGUGUUCGAAGGACACUGCGGCGUCAUCGGUGCAUGUUCGGCGACACCCAGUUUUGUAGAUCGUUGCUGGUUCAGGCUUGGAUCUGUGUCUGUAGUCACUCCAAUUUGAGCCAGAUCUAGACUGUUGUACGCAUUCUGUCAAGUUCAAAAUGUGCGAUUAAUGCAAAAUGCAUCGAAGUA